AUGGUGACGUCGGAAGAGGAAGAGUCAUCUACAUCCAGUCUUGAAAGGAAGAUCUUUAAGUCAGUCACCGCAGCUAUGACAACCAUGUUUGAUACAAGACUUGGCGCUCUAUACUUGAAUCAACCCAACCCGGAAGCAAAUCAGCGACAAAGGCAGAACCAGGAGGAACCAAGGCAAGACGACGAGACAAGGCAGUACUAUAGCCACGGUUCUUCACACAGCAGUCAGCGAAGGCGUCGACGAAAACGUCCAGUACCAAGAGAUCCGUUGGGAGGACUUAAGUGCAAGAUCCCAGCUUUUCACGGAACCAGCAACCCAGAUGCCUACUUGGAGUGGGAACAGAAAAUCGAAUUAAUCUUUGUUUGUCAAGAGGUCAUCGAGGUCAACAAAGUUAAACUUGCUGUUACCGAGUUCUACGACUAUGCUCUAAGUUGGUGGGAUCAGCUUGUUACCAGCCGCAAACGUACCGGAGACAUGCCGAUCGAUACAUGGAACCAGCUGAAAGCCGUCAUGCGAAGGAGAUUUGUGCCGAGUUAUUAUCACCGAGAUCUUCAUCAACGUUUGAGGAACUUAGUUCAAGGAAGCAAGACUGUCGAAGAGUACUUCAAGGAAAUGGAAACCCUAUUGCUAAGAGCUGAUGUUCAUGAAGAUGGAGAAGCUAUGAUGUCGCGAUUCAUGGGAGGUCUCAACCGCGAAAUCCAAGACCGUCUAGAAACCCAGCACUAUGUGGAAAUUGAGGAGAUGCAUCACAAAGCAGUCAUGUUCGAACAGCAAAUCAAGAGGAAGAACUCUCAAUCCAGCUACAGCACCGCUAAGACCAGCUACAGCUCAGGUAAGUCAAGUUAUCAAAAGGAGGACAAGCCCGGCUACCAGAAGGACUACAAGCCAUUUGUCAAGACCAAACCAAUAGAGUCAUACCCGAAAGGUAAGGGUAAGGAGGUGAUCACAAGGACAAGGGAUAUUCGUUGCUUUAAGUGUCAAGGACUUGGACAUUACGCAAGCGAAUGUGUCAACAAAAGGAUCAUGGUCCUAAAAGAAAAUGGCGAGGUAGAAUCUGAAGAAGAGCGUUCGGAAAACGACUCUGUGGAAGAGGGUUUGGAAGCCCCAGCUAAAGGAGAGCUGCUUGUUGCUAGGAGAUUGCUGAGUGUUCUAACUAAGUCAGAGGAGCAAGCGCAAAGAGAAAACUUGUUCCACACGCGAUGUAUUGUCAAAGACAAGGUAUGUAGUUUGAUUAUCGAUGGUGGUAGUUGUACUAAUGUUGCAAGCAGGACUAUGGUGGAAAAGCUUGGCUUAGAAGUUCUCAAACAUCCAAAACAAUAUGCGCUUCAAUGGCUCAACGAAAAAGGUGAGAUGACCGUCAAGGAGCAAGUCAAGGUGCCGCUUUCAAUUGGUAAGUAUCAGGACGAAAUCAUGUGUGACAUACUUCCGAUGGACGCUAGCCACAUUCUUCUUGGACGUCCAUGGCAAUCAGACCGACAAGUUCACCAUGAUGGCUUCACCAACCGACACACCUUUGAACACAAUGGCCGCAAGACGACUCUCAUUCCCAUGACGCCGCAUGAGGUCUAUCUUGAUCAGCUUAGCAUGAAACAGCGAACCGCCAAACAAACUGAACCAACUGAUAACAAGGGUAAGAGCAAGAGUGAUGUGUUUCCGGAAGACAAUCCCAUUGGUUUACCACCAAUCCGAGGGAUCGAACAUCAAAUCGACUUUGUGCCGGGAGCUGCUUUACCAAACCGACCAGAUUACCGCACCAACCCAACCGAAACAAAGGAGCUUGAAAGACAAGUGAACGAGCUGAUGGACAAAGGACAUAUUCGAGAAAGUAUGAGUCCAUGUGCCGUUCCAGUGUUGCUAGUACCAAAGAAAGAUGGGAGUUGGCGUAUGUGUGUGGACUGUCGAGCCAUCAACAACAUAACGGUUAAGUAUCGCCAUCCUAUCCCUCGAUUAGAUGAUAUGCUUGAUGAAUUGCAUGGUUCUAGCAUCUUUUCUAAGAUUGAUCUUAAAAGUGGAUAUCAUCAAAUCUAUAUGAAAGAGGGUGAUGAGUAG